AUGUAUAAUGCCAGUAUCCGCGAAGGUGAAAGGUAUUUUUUGCGCGUCCUUCUAUUGCAUGUCCCUGGUGCUACGUCUUUUGACGACUUAAGACAUUUCGAAGAAAUUAUUUAUGCUUCUUUUAGGGAUGCAUGCUUAGCACGAGGAUUGUUAGCUGAUGAUAAUCUUUGGAUUCGCACCAUGAACGAGUUAGUGGAAUAUGCUUCUCCAUCUAAAAUGAGAAAAGCGUUUUCUUUUAUAUUGAUUCACGGUGAACCGAAUAACCCACAUGAAUUGUGGGAAACCUUUCGUGCUGCUAUGAUGGAGGAUUACUUACGUCACCACCCUGAAGUACAGGCAGAACAAAUGGUGCUAGGUAAAAUUAAAGGGGUUAUUCAGCAAUUUGGUAAGCGUCUUACUGAUUUUGGUCUUCCUGCUUUACAGGAAGCUUUGCUUGAUGAUUUGCCAAAUGCUGAAGAAAUGAGGCAGGAGGCUGUAAAUAUCAGGCCUUUGUUAAAUGCUGAGCAGGUUCAUGUAGCUGAUUCUAUUAUAAAUGCCGUCACCAAUAGUAACAUUAAUGUUGCCAAUAUUUUCUUCCUAGAUGGGCCAGGUGGCACAGGUAAAACUUUUACAUAUAAUUAUAUUAUUAAGGAAGUUAUUGCGAGAAAUCUGUGUGUUGCUACUUGUGCCUGGACAGGUAUUGCUGCCACAUUAUUGCAGAAUGGUAAGACUGUCCACUCUCUUUUCAAGUUACCAGUCCCUGUUUUAGACGGCUGUACAUGUAAUAUCAAACCCAAUAGUGAUCAUGCAGCAUUUUUAAGAAGACAGGUCAUCAUUAUAUUUGAUGAAGCCAGCAUGAUACCUAAAUAUGCUUUGGAAGCUAUUGACAGAAUGUUUAGGGAUAUAUGUAAUAGUGAAAUUCCCUUUGCAGGUAAAGUUAUUCUUCUGGGAGGAGAUUUCCGUCAAGUACUCCCUGUUGUCAGAAGAGCCGGACCUGCACAAAUUGUAGAAGUUUGUUUGAAAAGCUCAGAACUCUGGCACUUGACUCGAAUUUUCCACCUCCACACGAACAUGAGAGCUGGAGAAGGAGAGCAAGUCUUUGCUGAAUUUCUUUUAAACCUUGGUAGUGGUCGGGUGCCACAAAAACCAGAUGAUCCAAAUCAAGGUUGUAUUGAAAUUCCCCAUGAAUGUGUUCUGCAACCUAAUGAAAAUAUCGUUACUUCUAUCUUUAGUGAAUUAGAUGAUGUGGAAUUUUCACGUUGUGUCAUCUUAACCCCAACAAACGAAGAAGCGUUGGAAAUAAAUGAACAAAUUUUGAAUCAAAUUCCUGGUGAUACCCGUACAUAUUACAGUAUCGACUCUGUUGUUUCGGAUGAUCAAGAAGAAAUUGAUUUAUAUCCCAUGGAGUUUAUUAAUUCCUUAACUCCAAGUGGUAUGCCACCACACCAAUUAAAUGUCAAAGUUGGAUCUGUUGUAAUGUUGUUGAGAAAUCUGUCCCUUAAAGACGGUCUUUGUAAUGGUACAAGGUUAAUGGUUCGUAAUCUGCGUGCAAAUGUUAUCGAUUGUGAAAUUCUUACCGGUAUUCGUAGAGGUGAUCGUGUGUUAAUUCCGAGAGUGUCCCUCUGUCCAAAUGAUACAAAUCUACCCUUUCAAAUUAAACGCACCCAGUUUCCUUUAAGAUUGUCUUACGCAUUGACUAUAAAUAAAAGUCAAGGCCAAACUUUUGAGAAAGUUGGUAUAUUUUUACGUAGACCUUGCUUUAGUCAUGGCCAACUUUAUGUUGCAUUUUCACGUGCUCGGUCAUUUCAAGCAGUUAAAGUACAGGUUGUUAAUACUUUUAAGCAAGGUUAUGUAGGAGAUAGGUGUUUUACAAAAAAUAUUGUUUUUCCACAAGUGUUCUCAUGCCUUAAUAGGUGGGGUGCGAAAUCCAAUGGCUUACCUUCUCGAGGCUACCUAAAAAUGUCAAGAUAUAACAGAUUUAAAAAUUCUGGAGCCCCAGCACCUCCACCAACGGCUACAAUGCCUUUAAAUUUAAUACAAGCUGCAACACCAGCUGCAACUACAACGACAACUGCUGCCACAGCUGCAACAACAACACCAGCUGCAAAUCUAUCCUACCGAGCAUAUCUGCGGUAUCGCAGGAAUAACCCAGGGCCCAGGUCCAGGGCGUCAUACUUGGUGUGGCGUCGCCUCGGGGGCAGGGACCGUGAGGGCUUCCGCUGGCGGGAGCGGCCUGGACCCUCUACACAUAACGUAAUAGUGUUUGUAGUCUUUUGCAUAGUUAGUAUCAGUAUUUCUAAUAUUCAUAGUUUAUUUAAAAAACAUACGACAGUUAUUAUAUUCAAUGUUACUAAGUUCUACACAAAGCCAUUGUAUUAUUUAUCUUGCCCCUGUCAUAUGACUACCUCUAAAACAUCACGCAUGGGUUACUAUUUGAGCAAUCCCCUAGGAAAGUUUAUGCCUGUUAAGGAAAAAAUGGGUCAGAUGUAUCGACCAAUUGGAUACGACAAUCAGGAAUGA